AUGCCGCAACCACGGCGAGAUGAUGGCCUCUGCGCGAGUGCCCGGAGUUUCGCUGGUGUUACCAGGCGAGAGAGGGAGGAGCAGGAAAGCAAGCAGUGCCAAGGAAAAACGCGUCUGCUGCUCGUUGAGCACCGGUCUCCACAGGGACGACGCCGGACCCUUCACUGCAUUUCCUGUCUGCUUUUCGCGAUCAUUUUGGCAGGCUGUACUCUCCAUGUUGAUCUAAACCGAGGUGGGCACAACGACUCGAGAAACGGACUGGCAAACUUGGCUCGUAAUUCCAAGUGGCAGCUGGCCGCGGCCGACAGUCCCUGGAGUUUCACCGCUGUGGCAGCUGCCUCGCCUCUGAGGGAGACUGCUGAACUGGACAAGCGACUCGAGAGCGAUCAAAACUCACAGAUAUUAUCGCCCCAAAAGAACGAAGACGAAUUGAGGGGAGAACCGGCUAAGAAACACUUGCUUGAGAGGCAAAAGGCGGACAACAGCUUGCUCAGUGGACCUUUCCAAAUUGACAGUGGCCGUGGCUCUCGAAACGCUCGUGAAGAGAGAUCGUCGCUGGAGUUUGCGACAAAGGACGAAGAGCAGGGGAACGAUAUCGACAUCAGCGAGGCGUCGGAAAAAAAGGGUACAUUGACGCAGGCGAUUGCUGGAGACCACAGACCCUUAGGCGAGAGGGAGGAUGCAAAACUUCAGAAAAACGAAGUGAAAUCAAGUUUCCACGGUGAAGAAGAGUCUCCGACGAAGCGGAACGCGACGGGCGAUGAAGCCGGUGCCUUUGAUGACACGACUCAUGCGAAUGAAGUGCAAGCAGAGUCAAAUUCCCCGGCGUUAGGUCAGGCCGGAGGCCAAUCACUUCAGGACUCUCGCAGCGAGACCCCGUUCGUCCAAACAGAAAAGCUCAUGAAGGUCCCAUAUGAGGCGCACAGCAACGUCAAGGGAGACCAUGCAGACGUCGGCAUCUCGCACUCGAGCAAAGUGACCACCCGCGCCCGUGUCACACAUGCUGAGACCCCAGGGAUCACCCCGCCCCCGACCGCCGCCCCGCUCGAGCAGACUGCGCAGGCUGUAGAUCAGCCAGAGACGGCCCAGGAGGUACCAAGGCUCGGGGUAGACAGUCCGAGAGAGGACAAUAAAAAAGCGGACAGACAGGGGACAGAAGAUGCGGUGAGUCUGGCUUCUGUCGAACAUGCUGAGACCCCAGGGAUCACCCCGCCCCCGACCGCCGCCCCGCCCGAGCAGGCUGCGCAGGCUGUAGAUCAGCUGGAGAAGGGGGCCCUGCGAAAGGUUCAGCAGAAAAGGAUACAUGAAAGCGUUCAGUUAUUGGAACGGACUCGUUCUGACAAGCCGAGAAGCAACCCCGUUCUUGGAAGAGACCCGAACAGAAAACCGGAGGAAGAGACAGAUCCGCAAGAUUGGGAGUCUCUGAAGGCGACCGGUGACUCGCAGACGACAGAGGGUGUGAAUCAGGCCGAGAAGGAACGCAGCGCCUUGCCAAAUGCUGGGAUGAGGCUCCACCGGUCGAAUGUCUUACUUGCAAAGGCCGGAACAGGUAGGGAGACACAGGAAGACCUGCGGGCAAAGCAAGACUCCGAGUUGGAAUCGCCGGGAGACAGCCGCAGCCCGGGCGGCGGCGUGCUUGGCCAGCAGCGGGAAGAAGGCCAAGAGACGAACGAAGAGAGAGACACAAACGCGACGACAGCAGACGUCCCUGCGAGUCAAACGGCACGCCGCGAACGCGGGAAAAGCGGCAAGGCGUCAGAGCAGCCGUCCAGUGAAGGCGAAUCGCCGCAAAUCUUCGUCGACGUGCUCCAACUGCCGAGACAGUCCUCGGUUGCCCCCUCGGAGAACAUCGCGGGUUCACCUGUGGCCUCGGUGUCCAUGUCUGAGGUGGAAGACGACUCGACACCACGCGUGGAGAUGGGAGUGAAGCGGGCGGCCGCGGAAGUCGACGCAGAUGUCGGGAGCUUUCUUGAGCAAAUGCAAAUCUUCGACCCAGAGGUUAAGGGUCUCCGUCGGGGCCUCGCAAGCCUUCUCGUCGCCUCCCUCCUUCUCCCGGCUUUCCACUUCCGGGGAACCUCGCUUUCGUCGGAUAUCCACGACUUAUGCAUGCAGCGCGAAGAGUUGGCGGGGUCGACGUUCUUCGGGCUUGUGUUCUACGGCGUUUCAAGCGUAGUGAGUUUCCUUAACAGCCUAUCCCGCCAGCGCCAGUUCAGGAAAAGUCUCGCCCGCAUUCAAGCCGGCUACUUCCGAAAGAGACAGUUGGCCCUCACGGCCGCUGCAUCCGCUGCAGCUCGUCGAAGGUUCAGGCAGCAGCCAUUCAUCCGGCCAGCGGCCGUGAAAACAAAGACGAGAACCGCGAAGAAAUCCCCGAGGAUUGGCAUCAAAAGGCCGAAUCGACAUGCCGCAGACGCGCGGCUCCGCGUCGAGAAUCGGCCGCUCGCCGGGGGAGCUCGAACAGACACCGGGCAAGCGCAGGCAUCUCGCGAGGCGAACACGAAGCGAGAGCGAGUAACGGUAGCUUCGGAGAGAAAAAAAGGCGAAGCAACGGCUCCACGGGAAACGGUGGGGAGGAAACAUGAGGGUGGAGGCCACGCAGGAGGCCAGCGAGGCCCCGUAGAUUCGCAGAUCGAGCAGGCGAUGGGCUUCUCGGGAGAGCCGCAGCCAAGGCAGGCGACCUCUGAGCGGAGAAUGCAUGAAGGAGGGGAGAAGGGAGGAUCUAAGGGCGAAGAGCGUGCAGAAGAGAACGGCAAGCCACGAGCCCCCGUACAAAAGAACAAGAAGCCCAACCAGGUCGAUAUCAAGACUGCGAAACAGGAACUGCCUCUGCACGUGAGCAUCCGGUCUCGGGACCGUCGAGUGUCAGUGGAUUUGGACCUUUUUGAAGCUUCCAUGAGUCGACAUAAGAGCGCGAGACAGGUUCCAGCCCGGAACAAAUCAGAGCCUGCGGGGUUUCCGCUGUCUUCGCGUGCUGGGGAUCAAAAGGUGCUCGUUCAAAGUAGCCGCGGUGACCGACUGAAACAUUCCGCAGUGGCUCUCAAGGCAAAGCCCGUUGUAGCGCCUAAGACCCAAGAGAGCACAGAGAAACACAAGAUUCUGGAGGCGCCAGCGAAGUCCCAGAGCGAACCCGCUCGAGACGCUGCGGGCAACAAGGCCUCGCCUGAGGCUGACUCGAACCUCGACCCUCAGAAAGGCCGUCACGGCCCCGCCAGGGGGAGACUCAGCCAGGCAGAGAAGACGCUGGGUUCUCCGGAAAACGAGGGGCGCAAAAACCGCUGGGGCGCUUGGAUUGUUGCUCUAGAAAGAGGUCUGAGAAAGCAUGUGAACGGCGACGAGUUGACGGGUCGGAGAGCUCUGAAGGACGCAACGCCUCCUUGCUCCGCUGACACGACACUCCCUGCCACCCCACAGAACGCGAAGGCUUCCUGGCGCCCCUCAGCGUCGCGGACUCCUUCGGCCUCUCCGCUACACUCCGAGAGCCACAUGAAGGCGCAGCCCGCGUCGGGCCUUGCGGGGCGAGACGGGUCGCCUCACGGGGGGACUCUCUCGGGGGCGUCCGACUCGGAGGACGAUGAGGCCGAAGAAUUGGGAGAUGGAGCCGAUAGCGACGCGAAGAAACGGGUCUCAGUUACACGCGCACGCGCCCUGACAAGGCAGAGGAACGCCCUCUUUCGUUCCGGCCGAGCGAAGGCUGUGAAAGCCGCGCUCCUCGCGGCAAAGGCAGACCUCAUGGAUCAAGCGUUCGACGCCCUGACGAUCCGGCAGCUGUGCCCGAUCAACGGGGCGGUGGGGAUUAUUGUGGUUCUCUUCACGCUUUUGUACAGCGUCGCGGGUCGCCUGGGUCCCGAAUCGACUCAGGCCGCGUCCGACACGGUCUCUGAUCCCACAUCCCUUGCAUUCUUGGUCCUCACCUUUCUCGUCUCGCUGGUUCGCCUGCAGAGAAGCACCAAGAGACUCGAGGCGCAGCGAGCCCUGAUGGAGAAGCGGCGACAGCAGAAGGCGCGGAAUUUGCUGCGGAACUACUCAGACACACCGGAGGGGUGGCGCCGACAGCGGAUCCACGCCCCCCUGGUCUACGCGCCCAGCGGCCGAGAAGACGCAGGCGUCCGGGGAGGCGCCGGCGAAGGUAACUGCCGCGGCAGCUCCGCCCCACCGGCGUGGCGGCGAGGCCUCGUAGACUGGGUGGCGGCGAGACAGAAACGAAGGGAACAAGAGAGAGGGAAGGACAUGGACCAGCAAUUCCACUUGUCACUAGGUGUAGAAAAACAUCCGACACCGGAUGCCACUCCAGAGCAGCGAAGCGUCACACGCAGCGGGUGGCGAGCGAAACUCAUGCGCGGGCUGCGAAGACGACUCAGGCAGCCGUCUGAAAAACACGAUGAGGUGCAAGACGAAGGAAGCGAAGCCCAUGAAAACGAGUUGUCUUUUGAAGUUCACGACCUCGCGAUGGAAGAUGUCUCGGUGCAGGAGGACCUGACGCCGCGGUAG